CAACAGGUGACCUUGCUUGAAAUGAAAGAACUAAACGAAAGACAGCGAGCAGACCAUGCCACAAAAAUGUAUAAUAAACUCAAGUCUUCACUAAAUGAACUUGAAAACAGAAAUUCUGAACUAGAUCAAAAAUUCAGUGAAUUGACAAAAAUGAACAUGGAGGCGCAGAAGACGGAACGAGAUCUUCGGGAUGAACUUGCAGAGGUUGUUCCUCGAUCUGUAAGUGAUGCUGAUCGGAAGAAGAUGGUUCUUCUUCAGGAAGAUCUCGUGAAAACUAAGCUUAAGAUGUCCAAACUACAAGACAUUGCUGAAAUUUCUCGGAAUCAACUACAAAGCGUUCAAUCGCAACAACAAGCGAGAGACAGGGAGUUGAAAUCGUUACGUCAACAAUUAAAAACGUUUCAACAUCAAACAGAUAAUAACGCAUUAAUUGGCCAACUGCACCACCAAGUGUUGACAUUGCAAGCGAGCGAGUCAGAUUUGGAACGAAAAUUAUCAAAUACAAGACAGGAUGUUAUUAAAUUGAAAGCGAAACUUUUUAAAGCUGAAAAACUCACUGACGAAAAAGAAGAUGCGGUUUACCUCACAAGAGCAGAAUGCAACACAAAAAUCAGAAAUUUACGAAAAACCAUCCAGAGUUUGCGGCAACAGUUCAGUGGUGCUUUGCCGAUUUCACAACAAGAAAAAUUCGCCAAAACUAUGAUACGAUUGAGAGGAGACAAAAAAUUGGUUGAAGAAGAAAUGAGAAAGAUGAGAAUCGAGCGCGAGAAGCUUGAGGAUCAGCUCCUGGAGGCGGAAGUCCGGAAGAAAGGACUGGAGGACCUAAGAAGAGCAAUUGAGGAUAAACGAGGAGCAGACCAGCUGACGGAAUGGUGUAGAAAAAUGGAUGGGCUCAGAUUAAAAGACAUGAAAUUACAGAGACAGGUGACGCGGCAAAAUGAGCAGAUUUCUUACAUGGAAAGAUUAAACAACCAACAUGAAAACACUAUUUCUAGCUUGGAAGAAGACAUUGUUCAAAUGUUAAAGGUACAGGAGGACCACCAGGUGGAGUGGGAGAGCAGAGAGAGCGAGUUAGAACGAUUACUCGACCAAUUUCAAAAUCAACAACGCGAAGUUAAUAAAAGAGCAAAAAAAUUGGAUGAUUUUAGCGAAAUUUUGCCUCAAACGUCACUUUCUGUUGAAGAUCAAUUGAAAAAAGCUUUGGAAACAAUAAAAGAACAAAGAAAAACAAUGACAAAUCUACAAGCGCAAGUUAAGAAUCUUGAAUUUGAAUCGGAUCGUUUAAAAGACGCUCGACACGCACUUGAGGGCGAUAUAACGUCACGUGAUCGAAUUAUCAACGAGUUGCGACUUCACAUGCCGACUACUGUUGUUCUGCCAGAACCUCAUACAACGGAUAACGAAUCAAAACAACAACUCGACGUGGCAAUAAACACGAUUGAAACUUUAAAGAAAAGAUUAUCUGCUAAAGAACAAAGUAUAGAAAGGUAUAAAGAAUUGCUUGAAGAAUCGCGCAGAGAUCACGAAAUGAUGUCAGCAGCUCAUGAGCGUGAUUUGCUGCUCAUGCAGAACAAGAUUCACGUGAAAACUGAUGACGCAUUCAACAAGUUUAAACAGGCAGCUACUAGCGCCUCCCAACCUCCAGGAUCGUCUGCUCCCUCCGCAUCCGAUCUUCGUCAUCUAAACGAGUUAGAAGACAUGGUUCGCGAGCAAGAUGCUGCAAUGUCGGCUCUUAUGGAAAGAGUUCGAUCGUCAAACGCGGAUAUUUCUCGUCACAAGAGAGCGCUGUUGGACACCAAGAAACAACAUGAGGCAGAAAAAAUGAAAAUGCAAGAGACACAUGACGUUAUGUUAAACGCAUUACGUAUGAAACUCGCAAAGAAACAUAAACAAGUUGAGGCAACGACAACGGAAUUAUCAGUCACAAAAGAAGAAUUGAAGAGACAGAAGGAUGCGAACACCCGUGCCCCUGCCGCAUCCAUGAAAAACCUUGUUCAGCGUUUAAAGGAAGAACUUGCUGAAAAAGAAAAACAACAACAGCAAUUAAGCCAUGCGUUAAAAGAGCUACGUGUUGAUCUGGUGCAGCAGGCUCAAGAAAACGUACGAGCGGCAACCGCCGGCGAAGCUGACACUCAUAAUGUUACAAUUCUCGUGGAAAAGAGAACAGCUCAUUAUAAGGACGACAUUGAAGAUUUGAAAGACGAAAUUGCCCAGCUUCGUCGAAAUUUAAAACAAUCGGAAAAAACGGAAACUACUCUUAAAUCUGAGCUCCGGAAGACUUUAGAAGAGGCAGAGAAGAAGAGUCAAGUCAUCCAGAGAUUAAAGUCCGAUCUCCACACGAAGGAGACAGAGAGCAAAGAUCUUCGCGAGAAGAUGAAGAGGUUGCUUCGGAACAAAGGUCCGGAUGCGGGGAUCAAGUUUGGGGAGGAUCAACCUCUAAAGAUCAAAUUAUCGGAAGGGAGAAAAGUGGAAGAGGAUGAGAUCAAACCUGUGGAUGCAGGGACCAAAAAUUUGAGUAGGCCAAGCUCUGCAAGUUCAAAGUUACCAAGAUCAGUUUAUUCAAGUCAAGACGGAGAAAAAAAUGAAAAAUUAAAAUCGGAAAUCGUGAAUUUGAAACGUGAAGUGGAAAAUCUAAAGGAAAAAUUAAAGAAAAAAACAGAAAUCCCUGAUAAGACCACACUGGAAGUAGCAAAAUGGGAUGUUAAAAAACAGUGGCAAUCCAAAGUUGAAAGUUUGAAAUCUAAACUCCAAGACGCAGAAAAACAAGUAACAGCACAAGAUAAACAAAUCGCUGCACUGCGUGUCGCGAAUUCUCGCUUGGAAAAAGAAAAACUUCGAAAACCGGUAAUUCCCCUAAACCAAUACACGGAUGAUGCAGCGCCACCUAAUGGGCUCGAAGUAAAACAACAUCUGCAUACUAUCGAGGAACUUAGCAGUCGUCUGCAUGAUCUUGGAGAGGAAAACAGCGACUUGAAAAAAAUGACGACACUUCCUAAAAACAAACUAAUAACUGAAAUGCAAAUGAAAAACCAACACCUUUCAAAUCAAAUGCAAGAUUUACAAAAAGAGUUAUUAACUGCAGGAUUACGUCAUGAAACGGACGAAACGCUUGCGUCACAAUUUGAAGAUAGAGAAAACCGAAUGCAGGGUCGUAUUUUACAACUGGCGUCCGAAAAUACACAGUUUCAAUUCGAAAUUGAGCAAAUUAAACAUGAUGUGCCAAGACUACAGGAAAGAGUUGAAUUUCAACAACGUUUUAUCAACUUGUUGAAAUCCGAGAAAGCUGAACUUCAACAACGCGUUGAUAAACUAUUAAUUCAACGAAAAGGUCCGGAUGUUGGGGGAAGUGGGAAGAACAUCCAAGAGCUAGAGAAGACAGUUGUCUUGAUGAAGAAAGUCGUAGAACGAGUUCAACGAGAAAAUGAGGAUUUGAAAAAAGCUCCCGGCGUCGUGUCUAAUCAAUUACUUGAGCAACUUAAAUCCGAAAAUCAACUUUUAAAAAACCGUAUUAACGAAAUGACUCAGCAAAUUGGAGGGCAGCUAAGUUUACGAUAUGAAAGUAAAACGCAAUCAGUUGAAAAAUUAAUGAAAGAAAAUGAAAAACUUCGAAAAGAUUUGAAUAAAAAUGCUACAACAAGGGACAGGAUAAGGGACUCAAAACAAGUUUUGCAGGCAGAGUAUAAUAAACUGACUAAAGAUUUUGAAGAAGUUAAGAAAAAACUUACAGUGGCAGAAAGCAAGGCUCCUAAGUUUGCUGGCAGUGGCAGUAAAGGCUAUAACUCUGCUAUUACAAGCAGAAUGUUGGAAUCAAAACUUCGUAAGACGGAAGCGGAUUUAGAGAAGAAGACGAAAGAGGUUGGAGGAUUAAAAGAUGUCCUUGAAGAUCAGAGGAUGCAGGAAAAUAAACUUAAUAAAGAUGUGGAAAGAUUACAAGAGCAGGUGGAAGUACUCGAGAGGUUCCCGCUUGGAGCCGGCGGUUCUGAUCCCAACACUGUACGUGAACUGCAACUAACAAGGCUUACUGUCGCGCGAUUGGAGAAUGAAAAAGAAGAACUUAAUCACCUGAUUAAAACAGCCAAUCAAAAGCUCCGAAAUCAUGGAUUAGACGAAAAUGGGCCAAGCACGUCAGAACAGGAAAAGGAAAUAAACACAACAAAAGCAGAAAACGUAAGACUUGGAACAGAAAUGCUCAUUUUGAGAAAAGAGAACGAAAAAUUGACGCAAGAUAUAGAAAGAAUGAGAGAAGAACUCUCGCAUUUUGAUGGUGAAUUUUUUGACGAAAUUGAAGACCUAAAAUAUAACUAUUCAGAAUGUAUCAAGAAAAAUGUGGCUUAUGAAGAGCAAUUACGUGCGUUGUCACAACAAUUUGGGGUCGCAUUUGAGAUCCCUUCUUCAGAUGAUUAGAUUCACUUUUUUUUGAAAAAACUUUGGAUAACAAGUGCCGUUUUUUUCACAUUUUUUUAAAUUUUGGGUAAUUAUAGUUAGGUGGGGAAGAUGGGACACCUUUUCGU